AUGCGACCCGACGUAAAUGCGCAUUUCAUCAUUGAUGAGGCAGUGCGGCUAGGAGAGUUACCUUCUGAGGAGAACCUUUCUAGAUUGCGAAAAAUGACUCCACUUGAUUUGUGCAAGGAAAUGAAGUCUUAUUUAUGCAACGAGGACACCUCCGGAGUGGCUAUGCAGGUACUGGCCCAGGCUACCAUGCAAAGGAAUCAUUUGCAUGAUGAAGAACUAUGUGCCAUUGUUAACUUUCUUUGCGAAAAGGCGACAAAGCCUAAGUUUACAGCAACAGCGCUCAGCAGCCUAAGAAGCAUUGUAGACGACCUCAGUCAGGAGUGCUCAAUGGUGUUAUUUAGUACGCUAAUAAACUCCUUGAUAAAAGAAAUGCCUCUGCAAAAUCUUCGCUUGUCAGUGCGAAGAGAUGGCUUUGCCAUCAUUUGUUUUAUGAUUAAUAAGAAUACUAUUGAGUCUUGCAAAGCAGGAUACCUUCGUGCAUUACUGGAAUUUAUGGAUGGCGAAGCUGAUCCGGUGCUUGUCAACGACUUCUUCCAGCUUUGCAAGAGAAUCCUUAUGUACGCAAAUCAAGAAGAACUCCAAUCUGUUGUACAAAGCUAUUUUGACAGCUUAUCUGCGUACUUUCCAGUCGUCUUUACGCCUCCACAAAAGUGCCCUAUUACCAAAAGGGAUCUCCAACGUGGACUGUUGGCCUGCCUCUCCGAUCAAGUUUUAGUUGACAACUCCAUCCCUUUUUUUAUUAACAAACUGUCGUCUCCCUCUAUGGUAGUGAGACACGAAUCUAUAGAGGCGCUGGAGACAAUCAUCGAAACGGGUUCAGCCCAUGUUGGAACGAAGCAUCUCCUUGAUAUGGUAUUACACACGCGCAAUGAGAUCAUUAGGGUUUGUUUUUAUCCCCAAUAUGAUGAUAAUUCGUCAACAAAGAGUUUUAUCUCUUUAUGUUUCGGCCUACUGAAAAGUGUCAGCAAAAAAUGUGGCAAAGAUACCGCUCUGCCAGCCUUAGAGGUUUUUUCGCCCAUCAGCGAAGGUGUUAUUAGCUCGAUCAAUUCUGAACCCACCUUGUGUUCGGUUUACGGUACCAUGUUGUACCACAUUCUCACCGGAUCAUUCUCUUGCAGUAUGGUAUGUGGAGCCCACCUUCUUACGGUGCUCUGUGCGGAGGAGGAUAAAGACCAUCUCUCUAGUGUUUGUUUACUUUUAUCUGCAGUCUGUUCUGGACUAGCUGAUGCCCUUCGUGCUUUCGCGCACAAUAAUAAUACAGAAGCGGAUGGUUUGAGAAAUCGCAUUGGGCAGCCUAUUUUGGAACGGCUCCUGGAUCUUGUCAGAUACUGUGGACAUCAGAUAAUCGCAAACUCAAUUACUGAUGAAUUCUCUACUAGUUGCAUAGUUGAGUUUCUUGCAUCUUUUUUCCGGCUCUCAAAAGAGUUGACUCCAUGUUUUGGGAAAGGUGAUGCGGAGCUCGGAUUGCAUGCGCUCCUCCACACCUCUGUUUCACUAGCCUCGUCGCACGUAGCAUCAAGUAAAGCGAUCUCGUUGAUUUGUAAUAUUGCUUCCCCUGACGCUGAUGACGUAAUAAAAGUGAUACGUGAAAAGCUCAUCAAUAAUACUACCCUAGGCGUUUCUGCAGAUAGGAUGUUGUCUUUACUGGAAAGGGUAGCGUGCAUUUCUAUGCAACAUGCUCUUUUUGUUAUCAACGAAUGCUUCUUUGGACCAACUAUUCCAGUCCACAGCUGGCAAACAGAACUAACAGAGGUACAACGGUCGAGUGCUGUGUUGCACAUCCUGGAUAAUAUUAAUAGCAUAGACGACAACACGGCUAUUGAUUUGUUGAAGAAACUGACCACAAACGAGGGGAGGUCCUGGUAUUACUUUAAAUGUAUUUUCUCACUCUUCUCAAGGACCUCAGAGGCGUUCCAUGAGACCGUUCGCAAAAACCUUGACCAGCUGCCAUUGGUUGUGGCAGCUGUAUUAGCGUGCUCGUCCACCCCUACACCUUGUUCUGAUUCUUACGAAAAGACUAAGUGCUUGCUGCAUCAAUUCGACGAAUUGGUUCGUUCUUCACAAAGUCUAAUGGUAAAGAUGGUUUCCAUGAAUGGCAUCUCUGGCGUCGUAAGCACUUCAACUCUGAAGUAUGAUGAGCUGAGCAAAUUCCUUAGUGCACCAUUGGCAGGUGUUGCUGUGCACAUAGCCACGCUAUGGGGCAUAUGCUUUAGGCCAUCGAGCAGUGAAAAUUCCGACUCGACAACGGCGACAAUAACGUCUUCUUUAGGCAAUUUACUGUUAGUUGCAAACGAAAAUGAAGUACUUGAUGCAUUAUCAUUUUUACCUAUUCAAUUUACAGCUGAAAUGUCGAGGAAAAGGCAAAACUUGUUAAGCUGUUACGUCUCUAUUAAUGUGGAUUCCGUUGUGUCACUUCGUGUAUACUGGAAGGGCAUUAGCUGUCUAUUAAAGGUGGAGUCAAUUAAAACGCAACCCGUAAGCGAGGCUCAUUUUAUAGAGCGGCUCCAUCAAGGCUGCCGGGUUGGUGUGGCAACGGAGCUCCUAAGACAGGCUCUCUGCGCGUUUAUUAAAAAUCAAUCAUCAGCAACGCUGGUGAUUAAAGAGCUAUUGUUGAACCCUACUUUACUGGAGUUUGUUCUUGAGGGACUCCGCUCCGAACGCUUAGUGGAUCGCUGCGAGGCCCUGGGUCUCCUCUCAUCAUUUUCUGCACUUGCAGUAAAUAUAGUCAAUGAGCAACAUAGCGAAAGUAAUCUCUUUCGCAAAGCUCGUGACAUCAUACUCAACGUCACUCAAAUAUCUUUAAGUGAUAAGAAACGAAAGGUGCGCAGGGCUGCGGCACAUUGCCAGCAUGUAUGGUAUAACUUAAACUAG